AUGGGGUCUCUAAGUGACGUACGACCUCUUUUGCAUACCGCGAGACUGUUUGGAUGUGGACUUUUCCUCGUCAAGGAAGACGAUAUCGUGAUAAUGAAGUACGGCGCUAUUUACUCGGCCCUGUUUGCGCUCCUGUACGCGGGUCUCUGCGGCGCGAAUUUUUACAUGCUCCGCUGGGACGACGUGCUCGGGCCGAGGCUGCUGACGCUCACCGUGGUGAGGACAGGCCUCUCGUAUGCCUGCGUCUUGAGCGACAUCACGAUGACAUUCUGGUAUAACUGGAAGAUACGAGCUGCGCUGUCACAUCUGCGCGUCUUCGACCGAGCGACGAGAUACAAGGAGCCCAGGCACAGGAUACGUCAUGUCUGCUGGGCAUUGGCCUUCGUUAUUUUGUCGUUUUGGUCGGUAGUCGGGUAUAUAACAUUCUGCGUCGAGCCCAAAGACUCCGUGUUUAAUGGGGUAACUUACGCUAUCGUUAACGCGACGCUGUCGAUGCAGCUGAUGACGUUCGCCAGCUUGACGUCCCUCCUGUACGAGAGAUACCGUCGUCUUUGUGAAUUAUUGCUGCUGCCCGAAGACGGCAAAAUUAUGGUGGUGGAUCGAUCGGGCAAGCAGUUCCGUUUGCAAGAGGUGUGGUGGUUGCACUCAUGUCUUACUAACGCGACCGAGAUGAUAAACUCCGUGUACGCGCUGCAGCUUCUAUUGUGGAUCUCCUGUAUGUCCUUCAAUACACUUACACGCAUCUAUACGAUCAAUGAUAACGGCGCGGUCUCGCAACCCCUGCUGAUGGUGAGGGAAAUUUUAUUGGUGUCUGCUUGCGUGACAAAUCUGCUGAUCAUUACCAUUACCUGUCACAUGACUGCGACUCAAGCUAAUCGCGUUGGCAAGAUCGCUUUCACACCGUCGUCGGCCAUUCUGUCGAAGAGAAGUUUUACACAGGAUUGUAGUAUGGAAGCUGUGACUUACUUCCAACUACAGCAAGUGCACUUCUUUGCCUUUCACGGAAUCAUACGUAUUGAUCUUCCAUUGCUUCUUUCGAUAGCCUCCGGUAUAACUACGUAUCUGGUGAUCCUUCAUACCGCGAACGUUUAGCGACAGUCCCAGAGAGAUCCUCAAUGCGCUGCAACCGCGCAUUUGAUCGAUCGGUUUAUCGUUCUAUCAAAUGUAUCCUCAUCUUUCCUCGCGCCUUUACGGAUUAGCUCGAGGGGAAGAGCCACGGAGAUCUGCAAAAGAUCGAACACGGCAGUACAACCGACGAGUAAAGAUGAUGGAUGUUGAAGAAGUGCCGGCCUAUUAUAUCUUCCAGUGUACAAUUAUUGUCAAGUACAUUAAAGACUAUAAAAUUAUUGUUUAAAAUAUUUUUUCCGUAUCUUUUACCACGUUGGCUCACUCAGAAAAACAAUCGGUUUUAAUUUUAAGGAACGUUUCAGCCUCUAAAAAUAAAAUUGAACAAAGUUAUCGUUGUGUAUCUCCGCUGGCGUUAGGGCGCGAAAGUGGAGUGGACAAGAGAUAAUAGUCGACCUAUUGAAAAUCGAGCUGAAAGUUGCAAAAUUAAAUCCAAGCAGUGUUUUUAGCGACGUGGUUGAGAGAGAAAUUGCUUCAAAAUACAUUAUACUGAUUUGCAAUUUAUAAAAAGUGCAAACCUUGAAUUUUCACAUCUUGUUUUUAAAAUAAUUUUUAAGAUUAUUAGCACAGGUAUAUGAGCAAAUUUUCAAGUCGGACUCUUUUUCUUUAAGUUGCCAAUAUAUUUUAAAUUACAAAACGUUCCUUUCAACUUCUCGCGCUCUACUUCUGCGCAGUAAUAAGACGAUAUAUUAUCACUUUAUUUGCAUGAACAUUCAAAAUGCAAAACUGAGCAAUUUGUAAAUGAAAGACAUAAUUUCUUCUCGUGCCAAAUAUAGCACGUGCGUAAGCACGAUGCAGCAUAUUAUCACAUUUAAUUUUCUUCAUAACGCUUGCAUCUUAUGGACGACGAAGACUGGAACCAAAUGUUAAUCUAUACUUAUAGGCAAUA